UUCAUUGAAUUUGGAGUUUAUUUUUUCUCCUCUUUCACCAUAGUUCUGUCUCUCGGCUAAUAUUAUUACACACAUAUCUCAGCGCCCCUCUUUCUCUAUCUAGGGUUCGGUCAAGGUUUAUAAUCUAGAUUUCAGAUGUGUUUGACCUUGAAAAACAGGAAAAAGGAUUGGCUGCUUGGGUUUAUUGCUGGGGAAGUUUAACUGUUUUAGGGGGUUAAGCUAUGGGAAAAAGGAAAGCAAAGGCAAAGCCCGCUCCAAAGAAACGAAUGGAUAAGCUUGAUACUGUCUUCUGCUGCCCUUUCUGCAAUCAUGGCAGCAGCGUUGAAUGCCGCAUUGACAUGAAGAACCUGAUAGGGGAAGCUACUUGUGGGAUAUGCCAAGAGAGCUUUAGCACUACCAUCACAGCUUUAUCAGAGCCAAUAGACAUAUACAGUGAGUGGAUUGAUGAAUGUGAAAGGGUGAACACCGUGGAUGAUGAUGCAUAGCUAUGUUCAGAUCGCAUAACUAUAAGGUGUAUGUAAUAACUGAGUUAUGUAAUAGUAUGUUCAAGAACAUGGGAAUAAUUGUCAUAUUUAGAUGAAGGCACCUUGAUUGGAAAAUGGUUUGUAAUAUAUAAAGAUAAGGAUUGAACUAUUGUAGCAGUAUGUAUGGUGGUUGCAAGCGUGUAUUUUAGGCCCUUUGUAAUGACUUGGGAGAUUUGGGGCUAAUAUAUAGCUUGAUAGACUUGGAUUUGGAUUCAAUAAAAGUUAAAUCAAUUCCUACUCACCCA